AUGCGUCCGCCGUCCCGCCGUGCCUCCGCGCAGCCAGCGGCGAGCGCGGCGAGUGCGCGCCAUGGCGGGGACCGCCGGGGCGGUCGAGAGCGCGGCAUCAGCAGCGCUGCGCGCGGUGCUGCAGCGAGUGGCGCAGGCAGCGGAACGGGCCGGCAGGAACGCCGGACAGGUGUGAUUGCGUGUGGUGUGAUGGUGGGUGGUGUGAUGGCGGGUGAUGUGAUAGCGGGCCGUGUGAUGGCGGGUGAUGUGAUAGCGGGCCGUGUGAUGGCGGGUGAUGUGAUAGCGGGCCGUGUGAUGGCGGGUGAUGUGAUAGCGGGCCGUGUGAUGGUGGGUGGUGCGGAAGGGGUCACCAUGCAAUGCAUGUGGAGAGGAGGCAGCCGCGGUGCAGGUGCUGCAGCGAGUGGUGCAGGUGCUGCAGCGAGUGGUGCAGGCAAAAGAAGGUGCGGGCAAAAGAAGGUUCGGGUGGUGGCGGUGAGUAAGACCAAGCCUGUAUCGUUGCUUCGGGAGGUGUACGAUGCGGGGCAGAGGCACUUUGGGGAGAACUACGUGCAGGAGAUAUUGGACAAGGCGCCUCAGGUGCGCCUCAGGUGGGCCUCAGGUGGGCUUCAGGUGAGAAUGAGGUGGUUCUCACCAGACCAGAUCCACCGUCAUGAGAGUCUCUAG